UCACCACUAGCGUCUCUCCACCCCAUACUCAAACUGUAGACGCAGGAAACCUACUACAGAGCAGAAUGUCGUGGGCCAAACACAAGAAGAUCCUGGCUAUGGCCAAGGGCUAUCGCGGACGUGCCAACUCGUGCUACCGAACGGCUAUCAACCGCGUGGAGAAGGGUCUGCAGUACCAGUACCGUGACCGCAAGCAAAAGAAGCGCGACAUGCGCUCGCUGUGGAUCCAGAAGAUCAACGCCGGCGCGCGCCAGGAGGGACUCUCAUACUCAAAGCUGUACGGAAAGAUGAACGGUUCGGGCAUCGAAUUGAACCGCAAGGUGCUGGCCGACAUGGCUGCCACGGAGCCCUUCAGCUUCAAGUCGGUGCUGGAGGUUGUUAAGCACAUGGAGGGCGUCACCAAGGCUCUGUAAAUAUGUGAAAACCUUUCUGUACGGACGACAGUCGUGCUGCGAGCCAGUGGCCUCCAACAGGAUUAGAUAAAGACGAGCUCGACCAGCGACAAUAUGUCCAAGUAGACCUGCAGACAAAAAGAGAUCAGGCAUUGUGCAGGUUUGAUUUGUGUUGCUGGCUGCAAGGAUGGUAGAGAGCGUGUGCUGGCAAUGCAAGACGGUUGUGAUGAAGAGACUAGCACACUUUUUAUUUGUUUCCUUUUCGGCUGAUGUUGGUGUCUC